CUGCAGAGGGCGCUGCAGUGACAAUAAUUCGUUCAAAGUCGACGCCGUGAACCAGAAACAUUUCUUCACUUCCGGGGUCAACAGCAGCAUGUAGCCGCGAACAAACGCUUUAUUACCAACAGUCUCUUUUUGCAAAAACAAACACAUCGAUUUUAAAGCUGUUUCUACCAAGUUAAUUUUUAUAAACAAAACGUCUUUGGACUUUGCACAGAAAUGGGAGUCCCGGCGUUUUUCCGUUGGUUGAGCAGGAAAUAUCCGUCCAUCAUCGUCCACUGUGUGGAAGAGAAGGGUCGAGAGUGUAAUGGAGUCCGUACUCCUGUCGACACGACCAAGCCCAACCCCAAUGAAGUGGAGUUUGACAACCUGUACCUGGACAUGAACGGCAUCAUUCAUCCUUGUACUCAUCCAGAAGACAAACCCGCCCCCAAAAAUGAAGACGAGAUGAUGGUGGCCAUCUUCGAGUACAUCGACCGCCUCUUCAACAUCGUGCGUCCCAGGAGAGUCCUGUACAUGGCCAUCGAUGGAGUGGCUCCACGGGCCAAAAUGAACCAGCAGCGAUCGCGGCGGUUUCGAGCUUCCAAGGAAGGAGUGGAGCUGACGGAGGAGAAGAAUCGGAUCAGGGAGGAGAUCCUCCAGAGAGGCGGUUCCGUCCCCUCUGAGCAAAUCAAGGAGAGGUUUGACAGUAACUGCAUCACCCCGGGAACAGAGUUCAUGGACAACCUGGCCCAGUGCCUCAGGUACUACGUGGCAGACCGUCUGACCAACGACCCCGGCUGGAAAAAUGUCACGGUGUUUCUGUCUGACGCCAGUGUUCCAGGUGAAGGUGAACACAAGAUCAUGGACUUCAUACGUCGACAGAGAGCUCAGCCCCACCACGACCCCAACACCCACCACUGUCUGUGUGGAGCCGACGCUGACCUCAUCAUGCUGGGCCUGGCCACGCACGAGCCCAACUUCACCAUCAUCAGGGAGGAGUUCAAGCCCAACAAGCCGCGGCCCUGUGCCCUGUGUGGACAGAUGGGCCACGGAGAGUGUCAGGGCACGGCCCGAGAGAAGCAGGGCCAGCACGACGAGUUCGCCGACACCGUCCCAGUGUCUGAGCAGGAGUUCAUCUUCAUCAGACUGUGUGUCCUCAGAGAGUACUUGUCCAGAGAACUGACCAUGGCCAGUCUGCCGUUUCCCUUCGACUUUGAGCGCAGCGUGGACGACUGGGUCUUCAUGUGCUUCUUCGUGGGGAACGACUUCCUGCCUCAUCUUCCCUCCUUAGAAAUCAGAGAGGGGGCGAUAGAUCGACUGGUGCGGAUCUACAAAGACGUGGUUCACAAAACUGGAGGCUACCUGACCCAGAACGGCUACGUCAACCUGGAGCGGGUGGAGAUGAUCAUGCAGGCUGUGGGCGUGGCCGAGGACAACAUCUUCAAAAAACGCAAGGAGGAUGAAGAGGGUUUCAAGAGGAGACAAAAAGAGAAGAAGAAGAGGAUGAAGGCGGAGCGUCAGGGUCCGGCCUACAUGACCUCUGGUCAGUUCGCCCCCCAGGCCCUGGGUCGGGGAGGACGUCCAGAAGCGGUCCAGAACGCUCGUCAGCAGGCCUUCAACAUGAGGAUGCAGUCCAGGGAGCAGCACAACAUGUCGUCUGCAGGACCCAGCAACGACAGCAGGGGGCAGAAGAGGAAGGCUGAGGACAGUGACAGUGAACCAGAGCCUGAGGACAACGUCAGGCUGUGGGAGGACGGCUGGAAACAGAGAUACUACAAGAACAAGUUUGACGUGGACGUCAGUGAUGAAGACUUCAGGAAGAAGGUGGUCAAGUCCUACGUGGAGGGUCUGUGCUGGGUGCUGCGCUACUACUACCAGGGCUGUGCCUCCUGGAAAUGGUACUUCCCCUUCCAUUAUGCCCCAUUUGCCUCCGACUUCAAAGACAUCAAAGAGAUGUUCACAGAGUUUGAAAAGGACACCAAACCGUUUAAGCCCCUGGAGCAGCUGAUGGGGGUGUUUCCUGCUGCCAGUGGUAACUUCCUGCCUUCAACGUGGAGGAACCUGAUGUCCAGUCCAGACUCCUCCAUCAUCGACUUUUACCCUGACGACUUCGCCAUCGAUCUCAACGGCAAGAAGUACGCCUGGCAGGGCGUGAGAGUGCUGCCGUUUGUUGAUGAGAGGCGGCUGAGAAUAGCUCUGACUGAAGUUUAUCCAGACCUCACUCCAGACGAAGUGAGGAGGAACAGUCUGGGCAGUGACAUCAUGUUCCUGGGCAGGUCUCACCCCCUCUUUGACUUCAUCCAUGAACUUUACCGCACAGAAACUCAGGAGGCCACUGAGAUCCCUGCAGAGCUGUGCCAUGGAAUCCAAGGUAGAUUAAAUCUUGAUGACGACCCUAUUCUACCAGAGAAUCCGGUCAGGUCGCCCAUCCCGGUGCUGAGGGACAUCUCCAACAACAACUCAGUGGGGGUGAAGUUCAAAGACCCGCUCUAUGAGGACGACUUUGUGUUCAAAGCAGUUCUUCUGCCUGGAGCCAAGAUUCCCAGUAAAGUCCUGAAACCAGACGACUGGGUCAGAGGGAACAGAGAACCCUGGAAACCUCAGCUGGGCUUCAACGCCAACAGACAGCAGGUCCAUCUGGACCAGUCGGCCUUCAGGGCUCUGGGUCACAACAUGGACAGAAACCAACACGCUGGAGGAGGCCAGUACAGCAACGCAGCACCACCAAACAGCUACCAGCAGGGGCGCUACUGUCCUCCACACAGCGGCGGCCACCAGCCCUACCAACAUUCCAGGCAGAGCAGCCUGUUGGGGGCGCCACCCUCCUUCCACCAGCCACAGUUUCCCAGGCAGCAGCAGCAGCAGCAUCGAGGUUCUGGAGCUCACGGCUGGGACCGGGCCAUGCAGUCGCAGCACUCGGCGUAUCAGCAGAACAUGAACCGUGGCUGGGGUGGCGGCGGAAGCAGCGGUGGCGGCGGAAGCAGCAGGGGCGGCAGCAGCAGUGGCAGCAGCGGUGGUGGCGGCGGCGGCGGUGGCGGGUACCAGCAGCGCCACAGUCAUCCACGAGACAACUGGCACGAUCCCAGAGACAGCAGGGGGCAGCAGCCACAGCAUCGUCAGGGCUACACCUCUGGUUUCCCCCCCCCUCCUCCGUCCAAACGUUACACCUGGAAGUGAUCUGAGACCUUUUUAGGAGAAUCUUUUUGUUUUUGUUUUUAAUUUUAUUGUCAUUCUGUACAAUAGAAUUUUUUUUUUCAACCUGACGUUAAAGAAGAAAAACGUUUUUUUUAAUGAAGUUGAAUUUGUUUAAAUCUUCAUAUUUACAAGUCAGUGUCGUCGGUGUCUGAGAGAAAAUCUCCAAAAAAGUCUGUGGUUCAACGAUGACAGGAAUAAACAGACAUUUUAAACCUUGUCUGUUUUUUACGCUCUGUAAGAACGAGAAUUAAAAGAUGAAAAUCUCAACCAUAA